ACCUUGCUGCGGGCCUUGGGGCGGGGACGCCAGGUGUAGGAGGCACGGUGACCUGCGUGGGAGGAGCGAGCUGGCGCUGGAAUGAUUCACCUUUCCCGGCUCUUCUGGCUCGCCCCAACUCCGGAUCUGGGCGGAGGGGCCCUGGGGCGUGUUUCCACACCCCUUGCGGACUUCGGAACUGACUCGGACAGACUGGCGCCGGAACAGGAGUCGUCCCUCCUGGACGACAGCUUGGUGGGUUCGGAUCCUGCAAAAAUGCGGGCCCUGCCGGCCAUGGACGCACUUGCCAGAAUGCGACCACCUCUCCGGGACCCCAGGGCGGCGGAGGAGACUCACACCGCGCGGCCAGCGAGCAAGAGCGCGGUGGAGAGACUGGCGGCAGACCGUGCCAAGUAUGUUCGUAGCACGCCGGGAUCCAGCCAGGGUCCUGUUUCAGAGUGUAGCGUCCCUGAGACCCCAGGGGUGCAACACCGCAACCCAAUCCCUUCGGCUCUUGCCCCGGCUCCUGUAGCCCGCAGAGCUCUCUCUCGAAAGUCGCUGAGACCUGAUUCGUUGGUCAUCUACCGACAGAAAUGUGAAUUCGUCCGAGGGCCAGGAGCAGAUUGUUCCAGAGGGGGGCUGGUGAAGAAGCUUUUCCAGGGGUCUGCCAAGGACAAAAUGCCAGUGGCCCCUGAGACGACCGGGGCGUCAGGUGAGGAGGACAAGACGAAGGACACAGAGACCACUUGGACCAAGUUCAGCCAGGCGGCAGCCACUAGCCCAGCCUCUGUGUUACCACCUCCAGCCCCUGUAGUGACCACGGAGUCCCCAGACGUGCCUUUGCAGGUGGCUUCCAAGGUUCCAGUCGCAAACCCCGGGACGGAGCUACAGGUGUCGCGUCGCAGAGGAUUACAGCGCUCUCAGUCAGAUCUCAGCUCCCGCUACUCGGUAGCCAGGGCUGAGCCCGACACCUUCUUCCUCUAUUGCGGCCUGGACCCUGAAGUGGUGGAGGCUAUUGGGAGGGAGAACUUCUCUGCUGGAUCGGACUGCGUUACACUCAAAGUACGUAGCGUGAGCAUGGCUACUUCUGAUAGUAGCUUCUCCAGGCAUAGCGACGACGGGUUGCAAGAAGAGGAGCUCAUGGAGCAGGUGCCUAGCACCACCUCGGUAGUAGAAAGGAACGCCCGCAUCAUAAAGUGGCUGUUCACCUGCAAGAAGGCCAAAGAAACCCCCAGCCAGAGGUUGCAGGGACCUGCCUGAGUGACACCUGAUCCAGGAAGCUAUCUUUUCCAGUGAUGAAGGGACUCUUAAAUAGAAGGGACUCCUGAGCCAUGUGUUUGGUGUACCCCAACAAUACAUAACUGCUGCUUUCCUGGGAAUAAAGCACUCCAUUGACAAGGCUUGUAUAUUAGCCAUGGUGAAAUGCUGUGGUGAUGAGGAGAAGGCAGAUAUUCGUAGCUACGAGAGGCAUUCUCGUUCUAAGAGUGUAUCUCAAAAGGCAGCUGAAGAAAUGAUAGUUGUUGGAGAAUAUUUUCAGGACAUUUUCUUUCUGACUUACUGAUAAUUUCUGCAAUGUGUUUUGAUAAUAUGUAAAUAGAUGUUUUUAAAGAAAAGAAGCAAGUAUGAAAUCAAGCAUGGAUGCAAUGGCAUACUCCUUUCAACUAAUUUAUGCCACUUAAAGUUCUGUAAUCACAAAAUGGUAUUCUACUUAAGUUCUGUGGCUGAGACAAUCACCCAACACAUACAUUAGUUUCCAAGCUUUACUAUAACUAAACUGUGGUUAUUCCCAUACUAUACAACUGAUCGACUUUUGUAAUGAUUUGAAGAGGACAUUUAAAAAUCACUUGAGAGCUUCAUAUUCAUUUUGUUAAUGCCACUUUCUGGCCAUAAGUAUGUGGAAACACACAUUGGGAGAUUCAUGAGAAUAGAGAUCCUGCCCUCCCACCUCCCCCCGCAAAAGGCCUUUUUUUUUGUACUUGUUUAGUUUCUUGAGAUUUGGACAGUAUUCAAGUCCUUAGUUCUUUAACAAUGUUCCCAAUAGAGUGUGCUCCAUAGCAUCCUCAUUUUUACCUUCUAAUGGGGACAGAAACUGGUUCAUGCAUAAGGAACACUUCCCUGGCCUGAGGUCUGGUUCUACUUCACAUACCAAGGAAUUAAGUUUGGCAUCAAUUCAUUGUUUACAGAGGAUGUGUUUGGAAGCAACGGCUGCUUCUGGGAAUUGAAAGUUCUAGGUUGUGAGUAUGGGUAACAAGUUACUGGGCCGCUGGUUGUGAACUUGUCUGUGACAUUCACAGUAAAAGGAGUUUAGAUUCAGCCUCUUCUGAGAGAAAUUAUAUGUGAACAACAACUCAAAGAAAAAUUGUCAGUCAAUUCCUUGAAACUUUACUGUAUUUUUUUCAAAAUGUAUUCUUUAAUGUUAAGAUAUGAGAUAUGAGGAAAGAGUAUGGAAGAAAUUUCUAAAUGGUAAUAGUUUAUGCCAGUCCAUUUUGAAAUGUCCCCACUUUUAGUUUAAAGAUGUAUUAUAUGUAAUUGUUUUAAGAGUAGUUUCUUAGUUACAAAAAUAUUUAUUUUUGUAUUUUCUAGUCCUCAGGUGGAUUUCUUUUAUUUCACAUGGCUUCCCUUUCAUUGGUUGAUUUUUAUAUUAUUUUCUCUUUUGUCGUCUUUUCAUGCAUAUUGUUUAUUUGAAUGUUUGUCUUUUGUUUGCAAGUGGAGCUCUGUGCGGCUUGUUUCAGAUAUAUCACAAAUUAUUAUUCUUAGGGUUUUGCCUCUCAAGACAGCUUGGGAAGUGCGAUCUGUGCCAUCCCAUCCAUGCUGCUGUUUUGCAUGUCACUGUAUCAAGCUCGAUUUUAAAAGCUGUCUUGAUGACAGCAAUUUGUAAAAGAUCUUUCAGUAAGUGCAAUUUAUUAUUUUCAGGUGUCGCAUUCGUUUUAUAUGCGGAAAGUCUGGAGAAAAAGAUUUUGGGUCUGGAAAGAUGACUCAGCAGUUAAGAGGGCAUGGGAUUUAUACUUUUCACCCAUGUAUUGAGUAAGCUGCUACUGAAAAGAAUAGUGGAUAAAAUAAUGUAAUUAAAAUAUGUUGGAAAGAAGAAAGAUCGCAAAGGCAAUGGCCUUUUGAACUGCCAUAUAUGGAUACAGUAGCAGUGUCCAGAUUAAAAGAUAUUGAUGUGCUAGGGAUUUUCCUUUGUUUAUGCAAAUAUUUAUAUCUUCAUCUCUCUAGCACUAGAAGAACAACCAACUUCACUGGUCUCUGCUUGUUCCAGUAGUUCAAAGUUUAUCACAGUGCUACAAUUGAUGCUGCCUUGACCCUGACUUAGGACUUUCAGCAGUUGAGGCAACCCUGAAGUGGUACUGUAGUACUAUGACCUUCUCUCCUCAUCAAAGGAAAGCCUUUCAACACUUGGUCAAAGGAGAUGCAUGGUGUUUCAGGUCUUCGACUGUCCUAAAGCUGUACAUAUUUACUAUAUGGCUGUAGUAAAACUAUCUUAGAGUAUUUAGUUCAAUAUAUCAUGAGUCAUUUGUUUAAAAAUACUUCUUUUCAUGUUUUAGUACUAGCAUCCAUCACUGAAAAUGAAGAGCAAAUAAAAUGAAUACACUAUUUGUACCUUUA